UCCUGCGUAACUUGUCCCCGACCAUCAUCACCAUGACAUCCGCCGGCCUUUCCAAGCACAAAAUCGACACUGACGAGGAUCUGGACGACCUGGACGAUGUCCUGGACCAGUUCGACCCCGCAACUCCCACCUACCCCACACCCCCGGCCGACAAGUCCCCUCCCGUACCAGGACCACCGCCUCCAACGGUUGAGCGGCCAGCGUUUCAGCGGCAGCGCACGAACACCCGCGUCGACACGCCACCAGUGAGCGUGCCCGGCUCCGGCAACUUCCCCGGGCUGGACGCGACCGCGGAGGAGGACGAGGACGCGCUGACGGCCGAGUUCACGAAGGAGCUCGCGCGCGGGAUGGAGAGCCUGAUGAAAGAGCUCGGGGACGACGCGGUGAAGGAGCACGCGGAGGCGGGGAAGGACAUGACGCCGGAGGAGCAGGAGCGCAUCUUCAAGGCGGCGUGGGAGGCGAUGCUAGUGGAGGGAAAGGGCGCGGGUGGGGAGGACCUGGAGGUGCUGCAGGAGCUGCUUGCGAAGACGGGCGGGCAGGGGAAGGAGGGGAAGCGUCCCGAAGGCGCCGGCGCGUCAUCAUCAUCAGCCCCAACGGCCAGCGACUUCCAGGCAAAGAUCAGGCAGGCGACGCAGAAGCUGCGCGAGAGCGAAUCGAAUAUGAAUAGCAGCGCAAGCGGUGGCGCGGGCCCUUCAUCUGCAGAUGUCGAUUCACUUGAAGCCUUACUCAAGUCCCUCGACUUGGACAAUCUUCCCGACGGCGAUGAAGAAAAGGAGCUCACAGGCUUCCUCGAAUCUAUGAUGAGCUCGCUAAUGAGCAAGGAGGUACUCUACGAGCCCAUGAAGGAGCUGGAGGAAAAGAUGCCUGCGUACCUCGAGAACCCCUCCGAGCCAUUGCAGGCUGGCGACAAAGAACGAUACCAAUCACAACUCAUAUGCGUACGCAAGAUUAUCGCUACGUUCGACGAACCUGGAUACUCUGACGAGGAUCCCGCAAGAUCAAAGAAGAUUGUCGACCUCAUGAGCGAGAUGCAAGACUACGGCCCUCCACCUAGCGCAAUCAUAGGCCAGAUGCCCGCUGGAUUCCCUGGGAUGGGCGCGGACGGCCAGUUACCCGCGGACUGUACAAUAACAUGAGGACGGCUCGGGCAUUACAACAAGAUAUCCACCGCAUGAAGAUGAUGAAUGGUUCGAGGACCUUGUAAGGACCAAUGUACACGUAUUCCAUCCCAGACAAUGCAAUAGCUGACCACACCUCC